UACAUUCCUAUUCACUUCUUCAGUGUCAAUUUAAAAAUAUAUACUGUAAAAUUAAAAAAAAAAAGAAUUUUUAUCUAAAAUCCAUUCAUUUCCCGGAAACUGCAUUGCGAUAACAACUUUUUAUUUAAUAAAAUAAAGCAAGAUACUUUUUAUAAUCAAAACAAAAAUGGAUAAAAAUAAACUGCAAAAUAAAAAACUAAAAGCGUUCAAAGAAGGAAAUCAAAAUAGCAUUGCAGCACUUAGUUUAGAACUAGCGGAAAUUAAUACAACCGAAGGUCAAUAUGAAGAUGCAAUCAAAGAUUAUGAGGAUGCUCUAUUGGCUUACAAAGCAUUAGGAAAAGAAAUGGAUUACGGUCGUGUACAUAGAAUGAUAGGUGAAAUAUACUGUUCAUAUCUUGGUGAUAUAAAUAAAGCUUUAGAACAUCAGAAUAUUUAUUUAAGAAUUGCAAGAAAAGAAGAUGAUUUGCUAGAAAGACAACGAGCUCACGCCACACUAGGUCGAACAUAUUUUUGUGGAGCUACAUCCGAUGUUGAUAACAUUGAUAAAAAUUUAUUAGCUGAAGCUCAAAAAGCUUAUAUGAAAAGUGUUGUUAUUUGUGAAGAAUUGAAGGAACCGCUUGUAACAAAAAUUGAUAAACUUGAUAUGCGAGCACGAUUAUUGUUAAAUUUAGCGAAUGUUUUUGAAUAUAAAGGUGAAUUUACAAAAGCAAUUGAUUAUUUGGAAAAAGCAAUAGCGCUGUGUAACAAAAACGAUUUAAUACAAUCAUUACAACAAAGUUACUAUACGUUAGCGUUAGUCUAUUCACAUAAAAAUGAUUUCCAAAAUACGUUACUAUAUUUAAAUAAAGCAUAUGAUGCGGCAUCAAGACUAUCAUCGGAUCGUAUUGCUAAGCAAUGUCAAAUUUUAUUAACAAAAGGUGAAAUACUUGCAACAACUGGUGACUAUAAAUCAGCAAAACAAAUUUUAGUUGAAGCGUUUAAAUUGAAGCAUCCAAAUUUAAAUGAACGUAAAGUUAUCGAAAAAACAUUAAAAAUCAUUGCUUCUUUAUAUUAUACCGAAGAAUCUCUAAUCGGAAUUGCUGAUAAUGAAUAUGGACGUAAAAACAAAUUGUAUGAAACGAUGGGUGACGCCUGUUGUGAAUUAAAACUUUAUACAAAAGCCAUCGAAUACUACAAGAAAAUGUUGGAAAAUGCACAACUAAAUAAUGAAACUGGCAAAGGUUUAUCAGCAGCAUAUAUUAGCCUUGCACAAACUUAUAAAGACAAUAAAGAAUACGAUUUGGCAUUGGAAUAUUUUAAAAAAGAUUUAAAUCUUUCUUGUAAUAAUCCACAAGAAGUAGUUGAAAGCUACUUAAACAUAACAGAAGUAUUAGAAUUAUCUAAAGUUGCGUAUGAAAAAAUUGAACCGUAUUUUAAUAAAGCAAUUGAAACUGCACACGAUGCUAAUUUAAUUAAAUUGGAAGAGAAAUGUUAUACGAAAUUGUUAAUUUUACAACGCAAAAGUGGAAAAAAUGAUCUAGUUGAGGUAACACUACAAAAACGACAAGCUUUGGGUGUUGAUGCAAGUAGUGAUAAUGAUAGUGAUGAGGUUGAAGGAAAUCCUGUUAUUGAAAAUUCAAUUCAGUUAGGUGAUAUCUCAGGUUUAUCGGAAGAUAGUGAAGCAGAAGAAAAUGCUUCAAAAAUAGUUAAUCGCAGUCGACGAUCAAAUAAAUUUCGGAUUCGAAAAAACAAAAACGGAGAAACUCCAUUACAUGUUGCAUGCAUAAAAGGUAAUAUAAAAAAUGUGGAACUUCUUUUGAAUCAAGGUCAUCCUGUAAAUACUCGUGAUAAUUGUGGAUGGACGCCUCUUCAUGAGGCUUGCAAUCAUGGCUUUUUGAAUAUUGUCAAGCUUUUAAUAGAUAGUGGUGCAGAUAUAAAUGAUCGUGGUGGAACUGAAUGCGAAGGAACAACUCCAUUACAUGAUGCAUGUGGAAAUGGUCGUUUAGAAGUGAUCGAAUUACUUUUAGAUCAGGGUGCUUCACCUUUAGUUAAAAAUGAUCAUAAUCAAACACCUUUAGAUAUUCUAUGUAAAAGUAGAAGUUAUUUAGAAUAUGAUGAGUGCCAAAACAUAUUUUUGGAUACUCUCAUAGAUCGAAUGUCGAAAAUUCUCAAGAAAGCUGGUAAAUUAGAGAAAAAUACCAUGGCUUUAAUUCAUGAUCAAAACUUUGAAACACCUUCGACGUCUAGAAAUGAACAGUAUUUAUACACACCAACAAAGUCCCCACUUUCAAAACGGAAUGAAACACCAUCAAAGUCUCCUUAUUCGAAACGUUAUGAAACGCGUUUAACACAAUCACCAAAUGUAUCAAAAUUAAAUUCCGAUGAUGAGGAUGAUAAUAAUGAACUUCAUCAGAAUUCGGCCACUCAAGAAUAUAGAGAGGCUAUUAAUAAUUUACGUCGAAAACCAACAAUGUCGCCACAGAGAUAUAAGCGAACACCUCCAUCAAAACAAACUGCGUAUAUAAACCCAGGUGAUGUAGAUGAUGAUAAUUGGCUUGAAAACGAUAUGCCUAAUGAACCAUCUUCAAAAAGACGUCGUAUAAAUAAUAGUUUCGAACUUGAUGCACCUUCGUCUUCCAGAACACCUAAAAGAACGAGCAAAUCACCAGCUAAAUCCAAAAAGAGAAUCACACCUAUUAAACGUAAUAUAAAUAUGGAAAUAGAAUCUCAGGAUCAGAUUGUAUCAUAUGAAAACGAUUUUCAUGAACAAAAUGAAAUUAUUGAAAAUAAUUCGAAUUCACACUUAAAUCGUAACAUAUUACGUCGAAAGUCACAAACAACUUUGCUAAGUGCUGGAUUUAGUAGAAAAAGAAGUAGUACAGAAGUAGUUCGAUCGGCUUCAAUUGAAUCCGAUUUCGGUGAGGUCAAUGCAACAUCAUCAAGACUGACUCAACCUGAUUCAACUACUGUUCCAUUAUCGUCUUCCACUCAAUUAGUUUCUAAUAUUAUUUCGAUUGAUAUUCAUAUUGAGAACAAAAUUUGGAAAAUUCCAAUUCCACGACGCAAUGUUCCACACUUAACUAUUUCUUGGUUAGCGGAAGAAGCUGCAAAACGCUACUAUAAUAAAGAAGCUGUAAAGCCUACAUUACAAUUAGAAACCAAAGAUAGAGCUAUAUUAGAUAAUAACGAUCCAUUGGAAAUGAUCAUUACGUGCAAUGAAUUAUUUACAACAAUUACAUCAUGGAAUUUACCAUCGAUCGUGGAAAGAUACUUAGAUGGCUGUAAAAUUUAUAAAACAGUGGUGGAUUUUCAUUUAAAAAAAUGUUUGGAUUCAUGCCAAGCCACUUUAAUAUUAGAUUUAUCGAACGUAAAUCUAUCCGAUAAUCAAAUAGUACCUGCAUUAAAAGCAUUAAAACAUCAACGUACACUGGAACAAAUUAAUAUAUCUGGUAAUUUAUUUACCGAUGAUACAAUUAAAAUAUUUUGUGAAGUAUUACAAACAUUAACGAGCUUACAAACUCUUGAUAUUAGUAAUAAUCUAAUAUCAUGGGAAAGUAUUAAUUAUAUAUCAGAAAUAUUUACAAAUAAUACAAUUAAUUUGCGUGAAUUAAAUUUCAGUUACAAUAAUAUUGGUGAUAAUAUAUUUUUAAAUAGUUUAAAUCCUUGUAUAUUGAAAGAAAUUCAUUUAUCAGGUGUUGCAGAUUUAUCCGCUACAUCAUAUAUAACAACCGAAUUAAUUGCAUUUUUACGAUUAGGUACACCAUUUCAUUUAGAAUACAUUGAUUUAUCACGAUGUCAUGUUAAUAAUUAUGAUUUAACUGGAUUUUCAUUACAAAUGAUACUUACGUCAAAAGUAAGUGUGGAAAAUGUGAUUUUAGAAAAUUGUAAGAAUAUUUGUGUUGGACUUUCAUUAGAUAUUAACAACAUUGAAUCCAUACAAAAAUCGAUCAAAUGUUUAAAAAUUAAUAUCGUAGAUGAGUCGAUAUUCGAUUUAAUUAAACAUAUUUGGAAAAGUGUUUGGAAUGAUAAUACAAUUAUACGGAGAGGGAAUGAUAAUUAUGUCGAAUUCGCAGUAAAAAAAUAG